ACUUGAUAAAAGUACAGGCAACUACUCUCCAGACGUACUGCACUGAUACGAUAUUCUUAUGUAAUUGAACUUAGCAGACAUUUCGUAAUCAUUGUUAUACAAACAAUCAGAGGUGUGGCGGGGGUGUGGCCUUGAGGCUGUGGUUGUGCGCGAAAACUUGAUGUCAUGUCUCACAAAAUGGCACAAAAGCGACGAGCAAUUGAGGAUCUUGUGCAAAGAGCAACGGAGUCGAAGAUCAAGAAAUUCGAAAGUAUACGAGGAAAGCAGGUUAUCAAUAUCCCUUACUGGGACAUCAUUGUCAUCACAGCCGGGGAUGAAGAUCAAAAGAACGCUUAUGAUCUUCAACUGAAGGAGAAAUUAGCAAGGCAGCAGUUACCGCUAGGCACCAAGUACCAUGUGCUUAAGGACCCUGGAGAUGUUAAAAUUGGACCAGGAGGCUCAAUGAUGGCAGCCCUCUCCUACCUCCAGACUAUCUACAACCAAAGCCUCUUCAAGAAGAAGGUCCUUUUCAUCCCAGCAGGGGGUUAUAGCCAACGGCUACCAAGCGCAAGCCUACUUGGUAAGGUCUUCACAGCGGUUCCCUAUGGACGACCCAUCUAUCAGAUGCUGGAGUUGAUUUUGGCAAUGUACAUCGAUCUUCCUGCUCAUAUGGUCUCUGGAGGUAUCUUCUUGGCUUGUUCGGACGUCAUCAUCCUUUACGACUGCACUGUUGGUGUAGAAUGGUCCUUUGACAAGCCAGGUAUCACUGCCUUUGGACACCCAGCUCCAAUCAAAAUUGGGACAACCCAUGGGGUGUUUUUGAACAAGGAUACACCCAAUGUCUGCUCUCAGGUACAUAUUGUAGAAUGCGAAGAGUUCCUGCACAAGAGAUCUGAAGAUGUCCUCAGGGAAAAGGGUGCCCUUUUACCGCAACAAUGCCAGCAGACCCUUGGCAUCAGUGGUGAUUAUGUUCUGGUUGACAGUGGUUACUUCAUGGAUGCUGCGACUGCCAAGAAGAUGAUCGAGUUCUACGAGGAAAGGUCUCCGCUUUCAUGUGAGAUUGAUUCCCACGGUGAUUUCUUACAUGGCCUCGGGAACUGCGGCAGUAGCAGUUACAUCAAUGACAUGUCCAACGUCAGCAGUAAAACAGCUAAACUUCUAUCCAUGCGUCAAGAAGUCUUUAAGCUCUUCCAGGGUACACCACUCCAUGUCCUUGUGUUACCCUACUCAAUGUUCUAUCACAUUGGCACAACCAAAGAGCUGCUUGACCAUUUUUGUGAUAACUGCAGCUUAAGGAGAGAACUAAACCUGACCAAAGAUGCCUUCAACAGAUCUGUGGACCUCGGCAUUGGCGACACCAUGCUUGAUGCAAGUUCAGCCAGGGAAGCGUGUGUCAUGAACAGCAUUGUACCUAUGGGUAUGGACACCAGGAAAGCAUGCAUUGUGGAGUACUGUCACAUCCAGACUCCAUGUUCGCUUGGCGAGAGAUGCAUUGUCAGUAACUGUGUCAUCCAGGCACCAUCCUCUGGCUGUCCUGUCAGCAUACCUCCUUUCACAUUCCUUCACACAGCAGCUGUCAAGCCCAAAGAGGGUAGUAAACUCUAUGUCACUAUUUUCUUUGACAUCCGUGAUAACCUCAAGCGCGCUGUUCCCCACCUUGAGGCAGCGGGCCAGCUCUUAUUCUUGAACAAAACCCUUCAGGUUGUGUUUAAUAACUUCAACCACACUUCGCUCCAGGCAAUAUUCCCAGGUAAUACUGCACUCUCCAUAUGGAACGCAAAGCUGUUCCCGCCCAAAGAGACAAUGGAACAGUCUUUUCAGACCACGAUGCAAUUCCUGGAAAAGGUACACACUGCAAACCAGGACCCACAUUCCCUUGUGGGAGAAGGUUGUCUUUCAAUGGCUGACGUUCUCAAAUGCAAAGAUAUUGAAGCAAUGUUGGAAUACCGCAAGCAGCUCUAUUCUAUGAUUUUAUCAGGAUGAAUAAGAAUACAUGACCCCCAAGUGCCUUAUCUUCUUGAUCUACCCUUGCUACUAUCUAUCUGCACGAGUGUAGUUGAGUUUCAAACAUAAAGGCCCCGUUACAUUGCUUGGUGCAAGCCUUUGCGGACUGAGUUGCAGCAAUCACCUGCACUCACCCGCAUUAAAAGUUUUGAGCAUGUUCAAAACUUUCCUGCAUGUAGCGCCUUGAGUAAUGAUCCAUUAGAAAGUGCGCAUUAGAAAUACUUAUUAUUACUUAUUAUUAUUAUUAUUAAAUCAUACUUGCAUGCGCUGCUGAGGGCAAGUGCGUGUAAGGUAUGUGAGAGAUACUGUCAAUGCAGGCGACCUACGGAUAGCUAUGAUAGUCACCUGCAAGUCACAUGCAAGUCUUGCACCGAACGAUGUGACAAGGCCUGAAGGAACCUUGUUAAAAGUCUCUGCACGUCUUUUAGCAGGAAUUCUGCUAUAGCUAAGUGCGUCCUAGAAAAAAGGAAACUGGGAUUCCCAUGUCUUUUUACUUCAAAGGAAAUUAAUCAUGAUAUUUCAUUUACAUCAUCAUACCAUUCAAUUCUUCUAUAUUUUGAUACCUAAUAUGUGACGAACACUUCACAAAUUAAUGAACAAGAGGAGUUUGAAAUUUUAAUGUCAAAAUCAGGUUGCACAGAAAAGUUGAACAAGAUCGGUUCUCGAUACAACAACCAUGCUUAUUCGUCGAGUGGCUCAUUAGCAUUUCUUUUGUAUUCUUUGUUAAGUUUCUCUCACUGAUCCCUGAAACGAGAGUGGAUUCAGAUUCACACAUGAAUUUCUGCACAAAUCAUUUCUGACAUGCCUCAAUAUUUUUUGUUUGUAAUCUGCCAUGCACGAACGAUUUGCUAAGGUGUUGGUCUCAUAUUAAAGAUGAGAUUCGACUCACUCCACAAACAUCACAUUUAUAGUAGAACAUAUUUAAUAAUUGUUAAUUCUGUCUCCGGUUUCUUUGUUUGUGGGGCGCACUGUACAUAUUGGCACUAUGUGUCUUCUCAUAGCAGCUUUCCUGCGUUCCACAUUGUUUUGUCCGUGAGGAAGUGUGAGCCAUUGGUAAGGAAAGGCCAUUCGCAGGAUUAUGGCGUGGAGGAUGUAACUCUGUCUUAUAAUCUUAUGACAAGGUACAUGUAUCUUUCUCCAUAUUGGAAAGAAUAGUUCUUUGUGCAUUUUUUUCAUGAUUGUUUAUUGUAGGUUUUUUUUAUUAAGGUCAAGUCCACCCCAGAAAAAAUGUUGAUUUGAAUAAAUAGAGAAAAAUCUAACAAGCAUAACACUGAAAAUUUCAUCAAAAUCGGAUGUGAAAUAAGAAAGUUCGGACAUUUUUAAAGUUUCGCUUAUUUUUCACCAAACAGUUAUAUGCACAACUCAGUGACAUGCGAAUGAGGGAGUCGAUGAUGUCCAUCUCUUACUAUUUCUUUUGUUUUUUUAUUGUUUGGAAUUAUACAAUACUUCCAUUUCCAUAAUGACCGACUUGACUGAACCAUAAAAUGCUAAUCAUGCACAAUGCUAAUUCCACAUGUUCAGGGAGGAAUAAAACUGUUCACAGAACAAUGAGGGGAAAAUUAGAAUAUUUCAUAUGAUAAAAUAAAAAAGAAAUAGUGAGUGGAUGAUGUCAUCAGUCCCCUCAUUUGCAUACCGACCAGGAUGUUCAAGUCACUGUUAUGUUGAAUUGAGCGAAACUUAAAAAUGCCAUAAUUUUCUUAUAAUUAUUACAUCCGAUUUUGAUGAAAUUUUCAGUGUUAUGCCUGUAUGAUUUUUCUCCUUUUAUUCAAAUCAACUUUUAUCAGGAUGGACUUGUCCUUUAACAUAUUCCCCACUUUGGAGAGGUAAUUUAUUGAAAUUGGUAUUCCUGAUGACUUUUUCGCAGAUCUUGAAGCGUCAUUACGAUCCUUUAUUAUUUUGGGUUUUUUUUUUCUCUAUGAAAUGAAGGAAGACGUACAUGUAGUUAACUUGUACAUGUCAAGAUCCUUUUAUUGUUGUAGACCUAAUUUGAUUAAAAGAUUUUGUACAUAGGUGGGAAUAUUUUAAUUAUUUGUUUUUCCUAUAUCAGCAAAAAUGUUCAUUGUAAUUGACUAACACUCUCUUAAGUUAAUUUAUGCAAAACAGUUUUAACAAUUGCGUAUACAUGAGGAUCACUUUUGUAAUCUUGGGGAAUGUACUAAUAUAAUGUGAUGUAAAUAGAUGCCACAUGAGAGAAUGGUUUACGUGUAUCUCGGGUGUGUUGAGGCGAUUACAGGUACAGUGUACUUACAGGAUGCGAUUCACUCUAUACCUUUUGUGUUGACUUGGCACUCAGUAGUUGUGUUCAUUUUUGCACGCUUUGGAAAAAUAUCAGGACAUUUCUUGAAUUUACAAUCUUUAAGGGUCAUGCCCAAUUAACCAAUGGUCCAGAAGGCCAAAGAUUCCACUGUGCGUCCCACUGUUAGAUAGAUACACUAGAGGUGAGUUUCACAAAGAUGUUAGUCACACUUACAUCCCUAGUUGCAUGUUGUAUAAAACGCAUCACCACAUUGGUCAAAUCAUGCUAAAAGAAGGCGCGCUACUGCGUAUAAAUCAAUUAGAAUGCCCGUAAAAUAUUGUGCACGUAGCACAAAGCAUGACUUCAAGUCACACUUAAAUCUUUGUGAAACACCCCUUAUGCAUUGAAUUUGUUUUGCCAUACCUUGACUUCAUUGUUGUCUAUUAGUACAGUAGUGAACAUGUAUAUGAUUCUUUGAAAAGAAAAGGUAUCAGAACUGAAGAUCAAUUGAAGGAUGAGAUCAGUGCCCCGUCUUACAAUGAGUUAUGAUUGAUCCAAUCACUCGUAACUCUAUGGAAAUACAUCAGUGUCAUAAUUUUUUUCUGCAGGAAAUUUGCAAAAUGUCCUUUGUAAACAAAGGAGAACACACCAUAUUGUCAAGAAAUCAAUGAAUUUAUGGAUAUACAUUCAUAUCUAGAAUUUUUUUUGAACAAACAUGCAUUUUAUAUGAAUUGACUGCUGGCUUUCCAUAGUUGAGAUUGAUCGGAUCAAUCGCCACUCUUUGUAAGACGUUCCCUAGGGGCGGAUCCAGGCUUUUCCACAGGGGGGGCACAUUUUCCGAGGAAAAAUUUGACAAGCAAAAAAAAAGUAAAAAAAGGUCUUCACUCUCUAAGGGGGAGGGGGGCACACUUCUAUUUUCACUGCAUUUUUACAUUAAAAGUUUUAAUUGUGCCUCUCAAAAAAGGGGGGGGGGCUCGGGCCAGCUAUGCCCCCCCCCCCCCCCAUGGAUCCGCCAGUGGAUUAAACUCCAGUCCCAGCGGACUUAAGCCCCUAGCAAGCUUGUUCAAGUGGUGAGACCCAGUAUGAUACAGAUACAUGUAUACUAAGAGAAUUUGAGUAUGGUACUAGCUUGUAGAACUGCUAAGUCAGAUAUAGAUACAGUAUUUAUUUUUAUAGAGAAGUUUAUGGAUUUCGUAAUUUUGAAAGGAGUGAUUUUUUUUCUGGUAUAGACAUGCCAAUAAUUCAUUGAUGCUCAAUGUAGUUCUCAGAAAAGUAAGAAAACAUUAUCUUGAUUAUUUUAACAACUUUUUUUUGUACGAUGUAUGUGUUAAAUAAUCGUGGUGAAGGAUAUCAAAAUCUAACCCAAUAUGUUUAUUUUUAGGAUAUGAUUCUAACAAUGGAAUGCAGUGUUAGAAAUUAAUGUAUUUCAGUACUGCCUAAAUUGCAUAAUGUAAGGCAAGCUACUGGUAUUUUGUUUGUUCUUCCCCAUUUGGCUUUUUUUUUUCAGGGUUAAGGAUUUGUAUGUAAUCAUGGCAUUUUGACCAGUACCUCAAACUUCUUUCCUCUGUAAAUAUCAUAUCAUACAUGAACAUGUAUGCUUAGAUAUAAAUUUUUCUUUGUGUGGGUACGUAUGUUUGAUAAUAUAUUUUGUUAUGAAUAGUCAA